AUGUCAUGCCCUGAGAGCUUGCCGGAACAUGUUCUGACCCUUUUGAAGACGUCCAAAUACUUGCAUCUGGCGACUUGCUCAAAGCCGGAAUGCAUCCCAUCGGUGUCUCUAAUGAAUUACACGUAUAUCUCGCCGGACAGAGUAUACACGCCAAAAAGCUCGCCAGCAAGCUCUAGUGUUGCUACAUCCAACAAAAAGUGUCACUAUAUCAUCAUGGCGACUCAAAAGAACACAGAAAAGUAUGAAAACAUCAUUCAAAACCCACAGGUCUCGGUUUUGAUUCACGACUGGGUGACCGCGAAGAAAUUGUCUUUGAGGAAGAGCAGCAUGUCCAAUACUCCAACCCCGGCAGAAUCCACCCAGGAUUCGUCAGAGCAGCCCCCAAGUGCCGAUCACCCUAGCAGGUUACUCAAUUUGCUCCAAGAGCUCAACCAGUCUGAGUUAUCGCAAAUGAGCGCCACGCUUCGAGGGUAUGCGGAACACCUGGAUUCGUUUAGUGACGAGUUCAACUACUACGAACAGGAGCUUUUGAAGGCAAACCCAGAUGCUCGCGUUUACACCAGAGGCGAAAACGUGUCGGUGGUUAAAGUCAAGCUUGUUAACGCCAAAGUCUCCGAUAACGAAAACAACACCAAAUUCUAUGAUUGA